AUGUAUAUUCCCAGCAAGCCUGACAAGUAUGGUAUGAAAGUGAUAAUGGUGUGCGAUGCCAAAACAACGUACAUGUGCUCUGCUGUGCCCUAUAUUGGAAAAGAGCAGCGAGAUCCGCAGAAUGGGUCAAUUCCAACGCAAUAUGUAUUGAAACUGACGGAAAAUAUUCAGGGUACAAAUCGCAAUAUAACCAUGGACAAUUGGUUUACCUCGUGUGAAUUGACUGAAAAACUACUGGAAAAGGGUUUAACGAUGGUUGGAACCCUUCGCAAAAAUAAAAGGGAAAUACCACCUCAAUGUCUGGAAACGAAGCAUUCCCAAAUUCCGUCAUCAGCCUUUGCAUUUACUCUUAAAAAGUUGACCCUUGUUUCACAUGUCCCAAAACGAAACAAAUGCGUUAUCCUAAUACGUUCCAUGCAUUCUCACGAUAAUGUUGACCAAGCUACGAGUAAACCGGAAUAA